AUGGCCGAAAAUAAAUCUAAAAGAAUGAUUUCGAGAUGGGAGCCUAAGUCCGGGGUCGAAGAGAUCCCUAACCUUCCUGUCGAAUUAGUGGCGGACAUACUAUUGAGAUUAUCAGCAACAUUACUCCUGUGCUGCCGACGAGUAUGCAAAGUCUGGUGCAAAAUCAUCGAUAGCCCUUCUUUUGUUAAUACUCAUCGUACUAGACAUGGGUCCAAUGAAUCCGAAUUACUAUUUCUUAAAACCCCGACUCAUCGAAGGGAUACUAUGAAGGUCUACUCAUUGAAAGCUGACAACUUCAAUCACACUGUCAACAUGAGUCGGUAUCCAAUUGCCGAGUUUGUGAAUCCAUACAACCGGACUUCUUCUGGUUAUGGGUAUUCCUGCUAUUGGGACUAUCUCUCAAACUACCUUGGUUAUGGGUUAUUUUUAUUUCGAAGCAAAAGUUGUGAAGAGAGAGUUUUUCUUUACAAUCCUCUCAGAGAAGAAGUGUUAAUACUGCCUCCUGUUCCUACAGAAGGAUCAGACCGAACCCCAGAUUAUUAUUGGAAUAAUGGUAUCGUAAUAAACACCUUUUGUAUGGGGUUUGACAGUGCGACGAAUGAGUACAAGAUUGUUCAUACAUACAAUGUAGAUAGCAGGGGUGAUUACAAGUCCAUUUCAAAUAGCAUGGUAACUAAUAUCUAUACUUUAGGCACUAGCACUUGGCGAAAGAUCACAGCUGUACCUCCUGUUCUUCCAGAUACAGAAGCUGUGCCUGCUUAUGGAGACGUACACUGGAGAAUAGUCACUACCACUUUUUCACCUGAGUUUAAUAUUCAUGAGGAGAUGUUACUUUCUUUUGAUCUGAAAAAAGAGGAAUACAAAUAUACCACCCUUCCUGCAGUUCACCAUGAGCGGCGUAGGUUUACCUUGUUUAAUCUCAAGGAAUUCCUAGCUAUAUCAGAUGUCAUAUGUGAUUAUGAUUAUGAUAGUGAUACGGGAACAAUGGGGCUUGAUAUAUGGAUCUUGAAAGAUUAUGAAAACCAAGAGUGGGUAAAGCAAUACACUAUAAAUAAUGUGGCAGGGCUAAAUGUUAUUGGUGCUUGGCAGGAUGGUGUGAUGCUCUUUAGUGGUUUUCGUUACUCUGAAAUAUUUUAUUAUGAUCCAGAAACUGAUAGCCUGUCAACCAUGGUAAGCCCUUCAAAUUCGUAUGAUGGAACGAUAAUUAGUUGUGCUACAAGCCUGAUGUCUCUCAAGAAUUAUGGAGAUUUGAAGUCUAAAAGAGUAUCUCGAGGACGUGGAACAUAUUAUUUCAAUUUGAACAAGGCAAAUACAUGA